AUGCCCCUCAUCCUGCCGGAGUCGACCAACCUGCCCACCGUGGUCAACGACACCGCAGACGUAUCCCACGACGCCCUCCGCGCCCUCAGCCCAGACACCAUCGUCCACGAGAUCAAGCGCCUCCAGGACAGCGUCGCACGACUCCGCGACUCCAACCAUCAGAUACAACAGUUCGUCACAAACGACCCCGACGCAGCCGACCUCAGCACCCACGACAGGCAGCAGCUCCAUACCGCCUGCCACGACAACCUCGGCACAAUAUCCAAGCAGCAGGGACUCAUCGAAAGGCUCGUCGGCGUCCUCUCGGAACAGCGCGGAGACCCACGCGCAGCAGCCCACUACGCGGCGCAGGCCCCCGCACAGCAAGCGGCUUCCACCCAGCCUGCCACCGACCCGCCGCAGACCGAGUCGCAGCCAGAAGCCCCAGCAGCAUCAGGCGUCUACCUGUAG